AUAAGGAUGAUGAAGAACUUGAGAGAGAAAGAAAGAUGAAGAGAGAGAGAGAAAAAAAUCGUUCUAACGUUUAGUAUAACCACAACUCGCUUCAAGUUGAUUUAGUCUCAUUUCUUGUUUUCGUUGAAACGUUUAUCCCUCUCACUCUCUUCCUAUGAUAAUCUACUUUUAAUCAGAAUGUUUUCUAAUCAACAAUUAAAGUUAAUCACCAGAAAUUAAGGCCCUCAAGGAAAAACCUUUGUUCUUUUCUAUUUCAAUUUGAAUUCUCUUCCAAUCCAAUUUUCUUCCUUAAGUGACAAAGAAAAGAGGGAGAAAACAAGAAGAUAAUUAUUCUUCCUCUGAUAUGGAUUAAUAAUUAUAUCGAUUGUUUAUCUAAUUACAGUGAUUAAAGUAAUUUAUUCGCAAUCAUCUUCUACUUCAAUCAACUUGUAUAAUUGUGAAUUCUAAUGAAUCAUUGAAGAAGAAGAAGAAGAUUUUUGUUACUUUGUUUCUCUCUCUCUCAUUAAAUCCAAAUGAUCCGAAGGAUAAUCCAUUAAUCGCUACGAAAUUUAAUCUCGAAACUUUUUUCUCUCUCUCUCAAAAUGCCUCAUCUAAAUUGUCCAAUAUUCUGGUUACCUUUAGAAUCUGACCAAGGUGAUGGUCAAGUUUCAUCUUCUUCUCUAAUCUCAUCUCAACGAACUCUCACCUAUUCCAAUUCAACGAUACCCAAUUGGUUAAUCAUCGAUUAUUGUCAAAGUAAUUGGAUAACAAGUUGUAUUAAUUUUCUAUUUAUCUUUGUGUCCAUUCAGUUUUAUUUGUUUUUCUAUCGUUCAAAAAAAUCUAAAUCAUCCUCAUCAUCAUCUCCAUCAUCUUCUUCAUCCUCACCCAGGCGGUCAUCUGAAAAUCUCCAUAAACAAUCACCAAUAAAUCACUUGAAACAUUCAUAUUCUCAUUAUCAUCAUCAAUAUAAUCACAAUCAUAAUCAAUCAAAUUCUCACAAUAUCCGAAGUAUCUCACAAACAAUUCUACCAAUUCAAAGUGGAUUAAUUAACGAUCAGAUUGAUUGUUCAAUCGAUAAUCAAAAAUGCCACCUAAUUAGCCUUUGGAAUCAAAUGAUUCCAAAAAUUUUACUCGACAUCAUGAUACUGAUCAUGUUUUUCAUCAUCUCACUUUCCAUCAUUGAACUUUACCAAUAUCCUUGGAUUAAUUUAUAUCAACAACUUAAUGGCCGGUUAAUUACCUUAAUCUCAAUGGUUUUUACCUUGUUAAUUAAUUACUUUAUUGUUUUACCUCAACUUGGUUUACUUUUACUUAAACCGGGUUAUGGUAAUUCACUUUAUCGAGUUACCUUUUUAAUUAUCCUAAUCUCUUAUUGGACUGUAACUGUAAUCAAUUUAAUCUACCAAUUGGGAUUACUAUUAACGAUGGGCUUAUCCUUAACUAAUCACGUUCGUCUACAAUUAACUUUGGCAACAAUUUGCAUCUCUACUUGUUUCCUGUGUGCUAAAUUAUCCGCAAUUCUUAUGACCAAGGAACAAUUUGAUGGCGAUUUGAAACGUCCAAGUGAUUGUAAAUAUCUCCAUCCAUACUCAUCGAUAUUAUCGAAGGCCACUUUCUCGUGGUUCUGUCAAAUCCUCCGUCUUGGUUAUUCAAGGCCAAUUCAACUUAGUGAUCUUGGCUCAUUGCCUAAGGAACAAACAACCGAAAGUCAAUUUGCCAAAUUCAAUACUUUCUUUGAACAAGAAAGGUGUAAAUCAAUUAAUCAAGGUGAAUCAAUUUCCCUAUGGCGAUGCUAUUGGAAAACAUUUAAAUUCAGUUUAGCAAUCGGGGCGAUAUUAAGGAUUUCCGCUGAUAUAUUUGCCCUUUUCGGACCAAUAUCAAUACAAUAUAUCCUUAAUUACGUUGAUUCAGUUAAAAAUUCAACAUUAAAUCAAUCGCAAUCAGCACAACAAUCAAAUUUUACUUCAUUUCCACCCAAUCAACAACAAUUUGAAUUACAGGUUAUUGAGACAACUAAUUAUCUAAAAAAUGGCUUCUUAAUUACUUUCCUAGUUUUAUGUUCAACAUUUUUACAAAGUAAUUUCAGUAAUUCAUUUAAUCAUUUGGCUGUUUUACAAAGUUUACAAUUAAAAAGCGCCCUCCAGAGUUUAAUCUACAAAAAGACCUUAAGAAUGGCCCCAUCAAUGGGACUGGACAUCGGGGGAAUAUCAAAUCACAUGUCCUCGGACACUCACGACAUGAUGAUGUUAUUUUCAAUGGGUCAUUACGUUUGGGCAAUACCGUUAAAAAUAAUCAUUUUGAUGACAUUACUUUAUUUCCAAUUGGGAAUCAGUUCAAUCAUCGGAGCAGCGGCCAUUUACAUCUUAGCACCGAUCCAAUAUUAUCUUGGCAAACGAUUAAGUGCCAUUCGUAAGGAUACAAUGAAUAUAUCUGAUCAACGAUUAAAGAAAACAAAUGAACUACUAACUGGAAUUAAAUUGUUGAAACUAUUAAAUUGGGAGAUAUUAUUUUGCCGAAAAGUUGAAAAUAUCAGAAAUGAAGAGUUAAAUUAUCAGAAACGAGAUGCUAUUCAUGUUGCUUGCAUAACAAUACUGACCCAAGCAUCUUCCGUUAUCCUUACACUGGUCACUUUCGUCCUGUACCCUUACAUUGAAGGUGAACCCUUGCAAUCAACUAAAGUAUUCACUGGAUUAGCCUUAUUUAAUCAAUUAACGGUUCCACUUUAUAUAAUUCCCGUUGUUGUGCCAAUCAUAAUCAGCUCAUUAACCAGCAGUCGACGAUUAUCAAAAUUUUUAUCCCAACCUGAAAUUGAUUGUAAUGUGCCCUGGAGGCAAGAUGAUUGUGAUUGUAUUAUUAAGGAUAAUGAUGAGGAUGAGGAUGAGGAUGAUCAAAAUGAGGAUAAAGAUGAUGAAUCGGAAGAUGGUAAUGCCAAUAAAAAAUCAACUUAUCCCAAUGGAAAUGUUUUAAUUGUUGAUGAUGAUGGUGAUGUUGGUGAAUCGGAACAACAAUUAACAAAGAAAACAGCAACAAUUAAAGGUUCGGUUAAAGGUGAUUGUGAUGGUGAGACUGCCGUUAGAAUAAGAAAUGGCCUUUUCGCUUGGAGUAAUAAUAAGGAGAUUGAUAAUUUAAGGGACAUUAAUGUUGCCAUACCAAAGUCAAAGUUGACCAUAGUGACCGGUCCAGUUGGGGGUGGAAAAACUUCCCUGCUUUCGGCUUUGAUGAAUGAGAUGAUUAAACUUGACGGAACUGUGACCUGGUGUUCAGGUAAUUCUCGUAUUGGAUUUUUACCUCAAACUCCGUGGCUUUAUAAUGUCUCCCUAAGGGAUAAUAUCACCUUUGGAAUGCCCUUUGAACCUGAACUUUAUACAAAGGUGAAAGAGAUCACAUCUCUUCAGGGUGACAUUGAAUUAUUGCCCAAUCGUGAUGAUACUGAAAUCGGUGAGAGAGGAAUCAAUUUAUCGGGUGGUCAACGUCAACGAGUUGCUCUUGCAAGGGCAAUUUAUUGUGACCCUUCAACUCUUAUACUUGAUGACCCUUUAUCUGCUCUUGACCCAAAGGUUUCCCAAACAAUAUUUACCUCGGCCAUUGUUGAUUACCUUUUAACUCGAGGUAAAACAGUUAUUAUGACGAGCCAUGACUUAGAUCAUCUUAAAGUUGCCUCGAAGGUCAUUGUCGUUGAUCGAGGUCAAAUUGAUUUUGACGGUGAUUUUAGUGGACUGGUUUCAUCGAAUUGUGAAUUUUAUAUUCAACUGAGAAACAAUGAAUUGGCUCAGGAGAAAAAUCGAGCCUUCGUCUCAAGCGGAAGUUCAACCGCGAAGGAGAGACAAAAACUUAGCCGGUUGGUCACUAAAAGAGCUUUAGUUCGAACUGUAUCAACGAUUGAAGGUCAUUCUAAACGACGAUCGGGAAUUUAUAUGAGACAAGUGAGCCAUGAUCCAUCAUGCCCGUUACCAUGUGACGAUUAUGCCGAUAUUACUGGACCCUGUUGUCCGUCAACAUCAACUUCUGGUUCAUCUAAAGAUGAUUUCUGUCUCUAUGGUAAUUCAAGUUCAAAUAUGGCCUCUUCUGGGUCAACUGGUGCUUACGGACGUAAACCGGGAAAAUCAGGUCACUUAUUGCGACUCAUCUCAAGUGAAUCAACGCAAUCUCGAGCCUCAUCCAAUCUCAGCGGAAAUUUUAUCGGUGGUAACAGCGAUACAAACACUACCACCGGUGGGGGUAUUUUCCGUCCUGGCUUGAAACGAUUAGUGUCCAAAAUUUCCGAUCGAACCAUAACAGAGGAAGACGAUGCUUCUCGAAUGAUAAACUCGACUAGAAAAUUAUCAACCGAUGCCGCUGAUGAAGGUGACCUACUGUUAAUGGCUAAUGGUCGGCUCACUAAAUCGGAUGAAGGUCGGAAAGCGGCCAGAUUAAUGGGUCGAUCUGAAGGGAUCAUCAGUACAUCUCCGUCCGAAGGGAUAAUUGGUGACGAGGAAAAAGAAACUGGAUCGGUUUCAAUUAAAGUCUACUGGUUGUACAUUAAAUCGUGUUCCACUUAUUUAGCAAUUACAAUUUUGUUGUUCCUCGUUUUUUCCCAAGUAAUUAAGGUAACUACUGAUUUCUGGUUAGCCGAUUGGACUGAGGCCGGUGUUGGUAUAGCAAAGCAGAAUUUAACAAUUGACACAGCAACAAUUACGAAUGAAAAUUUUACCACUUUACAAGAAUUAAAUUUCAAUCCAAUGGGUGACAAUCUAAUUGGUGAAAAGUCAACGAGUCACACUUUAGUUUACUAUAUUGGUGGUUAUUGUAUUCUCUCUGGAUUAACAAUCUCAAUCUCGUUAAUUGCUAAUUUAAUGUUACAAUUUGCUUCACUUCGAGCAGUUCGAGUUCUACACUCGAAAAUGAUUAACGCUCUAGUUAAAAGUCCAAUCAGAUUUUUCGACACAACACCAAUUGGUAGGAUUCUUAAUCGAUUCUCAACUGAUAUUUCAACCAUUGAUAAGGAAAUUACAUCAACUUUACCUCGAUUGUUACGGUUCAUGUUACUCUGUUUCUCAGCAAUUAUCGUUGAUAUAAUUGUUACCCCAUCUUUUAUAAUUGCGGCCAUUGCAAUUAUCGUAAUUUAUUAUUUAUUACAAAAGUUUUUCCGUUCGACAUCAAUUGAAUUACAACGAAUCCAAAGUAUGACCAAUUCACCGAUUUUUUCACAUUUCAGCCAAACGUUAACUGGACUUUCAACAAUCAGAGCUUUCAGACAAGAAACAUCAUUCAGUGAAUCUCUCUGCGAUUAUAUUAAUACCAAUAAUUUAGCUUUCCUCAUGGUUAAUUGUGCAAAUUGUUGGCUUGGAAUUGCUCUUGAUUAUCUGGGAGGUAUUAUAUUGGCCAUUGCAACGGUUACAUCUUUAAUUGCAGCAAUUUACGGAGAUAUUAGCACUUCAUUUGUCGGCAUGUCAAUUAGUUAUACUUUGUUAAUUCCAAUUUAUCUUAAUUGGGUUGUUCGUAAUUUAGCAAGUCUUGAAAUGCAUAUGUCGGCGGUUGAAAGAGUCCACCAGUAUAGUCAAUUGGAACCAGAAGAUUCUGAGGAAACUUUUGAAGAGUUAUCCAAAAAUUGGCCAUCCCAAGGGUCCGUUGUUUUCAAAGGGAUUGAACUUGGAUACGAGGCUACAUCAGAUCCGAUUUUGAGUAACUUUGAUUUAAAAAUUAAAUCAGGGGAGAAGGUUGGUAUUUGUGGACGAAGUGGAUCAGGAAAAUCUUCGAUAAUCAUGGGCCUAUUGAAAAUGGUCGAUGUUCGAGAUGGUCAAAUAUUGGUGGACAAUAAGAAUAUUAAAAAGAUUCCAUCCGAUAUUCUCAGGAAAAAUAUCGCUCUGGUUCCUCAGGAACCGAUCAUUUUCUCGGGGACAUUCAGGGAAAAUUUAGAUCCAUUCCAAGAGUAUACCGAUGAUGAGAUUUGGAGGGUUCUUGAGGAAACUGAUUGUCGGUCAAUUGUUGAUUCAUUAGAUGAGAUAAUUAAUGAUGAAGGUUCCAAUUUAAGUUCAGGUCAACGGCAAUUACUUUGCUUUGCUCGAGCGAUACUCAAAAAGAGUCCAAUCCUUAUAAUGGACGAGGCCACAUCUUCAUUGGACGUUCAAAAAGAAGCGACAAUCGUUGAUUAUAUUCGUAAAUCAAAUCAAACCGUAAUCUCAAUCGCUCAUCGAGUUAAUUCACUUCUUGAUUAUGACAGAAUUGUUGUCCUUGAUUCCGGUAGAAUUGCUGAAGAAGGUUCUCCAAAGAAAUUAAUGUCCAAAGAAAAUGGUCUCUUCAGGUCAUUAAUCGAGAAUGAAAAUGGCCGCCAAUGAGACAAUACAAUUAACCAGUAAUUAUUUAACAUUUUCAUUCCUUAGGUGAUGGUUAAAACAAAUCACUUAUCAAUUGUAAUCCCAAACUUAUUUUGUACAUUUGACACUUUUAUAUAUAAAUAUAAACCAUCCAAGUCUAAGAUUAAUUUGAGAUUAAUCUCCAUUUUAACCAAUUAAAGUAUAUUACUUUCCAAGUAAAAA